GCUUUCGCAGCGAUCGGCAGGCACGUCACAUGCGCUGCGUCCACCAGGCAUCGCCAUCUGGUGCACUGUAUACACACGUCGACGGCAGCACAAUCCUCCUCCACCGCCGUCGCAACCAUGUCCUUCAACGACUCCUCAAAUCUCGAAUCUCAGCCGACGACGUGGCGUCGCAAUGACGACCCACAAUACGCCGACGACCCAGAGUUUCAGCGCUAUACCGAUGGGAUCUCCAACAAGCUCUUCUCCUUGACAUCCAACAUCUCUCGCCUCAGCAGUCAAAUAGGACUACUCGGCACAAGACGCGAGACAGAUCGCGUGCGGGAGCGGCUACAGGAUCUGCUCUCCGAAACACAAGAUGCCUUCAAGGAAGUUGGCGAGGGACUGAAGAAGGUCCAGAGCUGGCAUGACCUGAAUCCCACUCAAAAGUACACCGCUGGGAAAUUGGCAACCGAAUUCCGAGCGUCUCUCGAAGAAUUCCAAACCCUCCAGCGCAGCGCACUAGAAAAGCAGCGCGCAUCACAGUCCGCCGCCAAAGCUGCUUUGGACUCGGAGGGCGUCACAUCUCCCGGUGGCACACAAUUGACCGGGCAACAACAGCAAUUGCAGCAGCAGGAACAGUUACGGCUGGCGGACCAGAAUGAGGUCGACUUCCAGGAAAGUUUGAUCAUUGAGCGAGAGUCGGAGAUAAGGAAUAUUGAGAGCAGCGUGUCGGAGUUGAAUGAGCUGUUCCGGGAUGUGGCGACCAUGAUACAUGAUCAAGGCGGGCAACUGGAUAUCAUUUCGGAGAACGUAACGCAGACGAGGGAUGACACAAGGAACGCGGAUCAACAACUGAGGACAGCUGCGAGACAUCAGAAGAGCGCAAGAGGGAAAGCGUGCUGUUUGUUAAUCAUCCUCGCCAUUGUCUUGGCCGUCGUGCUUUUGGCCGUGUUGGCGUAAUUUUGGGGCGCACUGUACAGAGUAAUUGAUGUGUUGCAUAGAGACGAAGCUAAUGAUAUCCCAGAGUGAUCACAGUCUAACGCGAUGCAUUUAUCAUGCUGAGGGUCGCAAUCUGAAGCGCGUUGCUACCUACGUCCUGAUCCACUGCUGACCAC